AUUUCUGAUAUCUUUAACCAAAUAUAAUAAAAAUAUUAAGAUAUGGAAAUUUAUUAGGUACCUGCCAUCAUUUUAUUAAAUUGGACAAAUAAUCCUUAAAAAUGCUAUGAAUAAAUGAUCGUGACCAAUUCACAGUCACAGUUUAAGAAGUAACUUUAUGCCGGUUAUCGCUCGAUUCUAGUCCGAUGGGCGAUAACUGUGCGAGGCGUAAUUUAAGUUUAUUCCUACAAUAUAUUCGCAUAAAGAAGCAAUAAAAUGUCGCGGAAUGUGACGCUCUCGGACGAGCAAAGCCGUUUAAAUGCGCGCUUAGAGGCGCACAUGGUAUACAUUUGCCCAGAAUGUGGAAAGGCCUUUCGUACUCAGGCUGAGUGGCGCCAGCAUCUGAACACGAAACACGACUACCUAAAAAAGACAUACUCGGACUUCAACUUCAUCCAAAUUGAUGAGCGGUUCCAUGAGUGUCAGCUAUGCUUCAAGUGGGUGGAGAACGCCCACAAGACCAUCGCGUUGUUGCAGUACCACUACUUUAUGCACCUGGAGCACAGUGAAACGUACCGCUGCGUGCACUGUCGAAUGGCCUACACAAGGCGCAGGGCUCUCAAUGUUCACCUGUUGGACACGCACAUGCGGGAAAUCGAAAAAUACGAGAAUAAAUUGCGCCAGAUGAAGCGUCAGCAACAAUCAAAGCCUACCAUGGUGACACCGUCUGUUGCACAGAAACCCGUACCAGUGAGGCCGCGAGGGCGACCACGCAAAGUCGACAAACAGAAAAAUGAUCUGCUGCAAAAGGCCCUUAUGGACAUUGAUCUAAACACAGAGUUGGAGAAAUCUCCAACACUUCCAGCCACUCCAGUAGCAGCAGCUUCUUCAAAUUCAUCUAAAAUCAAUACUAAUAUCAGUGAACAGAAUCUUGAUCGGUGUUUGAACGCCUACGAAGAUAUCGUGCGCAAGGAAGAGGAGAAAGUGCUCAGAUAUGACGCCGAGUUGGAUGCUCUUUGCAAGGAGUUCUUUGAGGAUGCCAACGCCAUUAGCAAAGGGAAAGCAGCUGAAGAGCAGCAUAUACCCGACGCUGCACUUCAGCAAGAAAAGGAGGUGGUCAUCAUUGAGAUUGAUGCACUCGGCAAGGAGGAGGUCGCCCAGUUAAAAAUGGAUAUGAAAUCGGACACAAUAAGUCAACCAGCAAAGCGUCGUCGCUUAUCUCCUACGCCUACGCAAGACUCGGAUUCUGAUUCGUCCACUAACGGCCUCACCAAGCUCAUUACAUAUUUGUGCCCAAAGUGCGGCAAGGAGAUUGCCUCGAUGGACGAAUGGCGGACGCACGUGUUCAAGAAGCACGACUUUGAGCACAUAAUUGAAAACAGCUUUAAAAUCAUAGAGCCUGGGCGGAAGGCCAUGUGCCUUCAAUGCCGCGAAGUGCAGCCUACGAUCAAUCGUUCACAAUUGCAAAAGCACUGCUUCAAGCAUUUGCCUUACCGUUCAUAUCUCAAGUGCACACUCUGCGACCGUACCAAGACCAGCACUUCCAAGAUUCUCAACCACAUACGCUAUAACCACCAAGAGGAACUGCAGCGUAAAAAUAAGACGCAGCUACUUAUUAAGCCAGAGCCAAAGUGGGCCAGUCCCAAUAAGUCCGGUCAAGCGGGCAUCCCUGAUGACACCGGUUCCAACGACGACGACGAUGAAUGUAUCGUUUGUGAGCACUGUAACAAAAUCUUCAAGUCGAAAUGGCGGCGAGAUCGGCAUAGUGUCGCUUGCAGAAGGGGCGGAGUAAUUGAAGGAUCCGUAGAAGCAAUGCUGAACAAUUUGCGAGAAGGGCACAUGCGAAUGAACGUUAUCUGGAAAGCGAUGCAAAUUGAAAAAGAUUAGGUGUAAUCCAGUUCUGGUACGUUAAGUCAGUUAGGUGAAAAAUAAAGAAUAUUUAAGUAUUAA